AUGUCGAACCAAUAUGCUCAAGGAACUUUGAUUUGGGUCAAGCAUGAUGAAGAAGUCUGGAUCCAGGCUGAGAUCGUCACUUCUACCGAUAAGGAAAUCAUCGUAAAAACAGCAGAUGAUCCAAAUGGUCGAGUUGUGUUGGGCCCAAAUGAGCCGAUUUUCUUAAGGACGUCGGAUGUAUUCACAUCCGAAGGGCUGUCUGUCCUAGAUGAUUUGACACAGCUAACGCACCUUCACGAACCCGCAGUACUGAGCUCACUGCAGAACCGGUUUGACAUCGACAAGAUCUACACCUUCACAGGGCCAAUUCUGAUUGCAGUGAACCCUUUCAAAUCCAUUCCUGGCAUCUACGAUGAAGAGGUGCUAAGUGGCUUCAUCAGCACAAAGCCUUCAACCAAGCCUCAUGUGUUCAACACCUCGAAUGCCUCCUACCGCGGCAUUUGUGACCGACACAAGUCACAGACUGUGCUCAUCAGUGGUGAGUCUGGCGCAGGGAAGACGGAGACUACCAAGCACGUGAUGAAGUUCUUGGCCCUAGCAGGGUCGUCUGAUGGCCAGGUCACAAAUGUGGAGAAGCAGGUGCUUGAGUCGAACCCUUUGCUGGAAGCGUUUGGAAACGCCAGAACGUUGCGGAAUGACAAUUCCAGUCGCUUCGGCAAGUUCAUCGAACUUCAGUUUCGACCUGGCACAGACUCCGGUGUCAAAGGGGCUGUACAGGGGAUGUCUGGUGAGAGCCUUCGUCUUUGCGGUGCUCGCAUUCGUCAUUACCUUCUGGAGAAGGUCCGUGUGUGCGAGCAGCAGGAAGGCGAGAGGAACUAUCACAUUUUCUACGAAGCAUGUGCUGCCGCAGCAAAGCUUGGCGGUCAGAAGGAAUACUCUUAUCCACAAGUGCUGUCCAAGGACCAGGCUGUGGAAGAGAUGGUAGUUGAUUUGGAGGGCUUCUCAGAGCUCUCCAACUAUGCAUUCUUGACCCGCUCGACGUGCAAGACCCUAAAGGAUGUGGACGACGUUGAGAUGUUCGAGCGGAGGAUCAAUGCCAUGCAGACCAUUGGCAUCAACAAGGAGGACCUCACUGAAGUGUUCCACAUGGUCGCAGCAGUACUCAAUCUGGGCAACGCAAAGUUCGAUGCUCCACCCAACAACAGCGAGGGCUCUAUGGUCAUGGCGGAAUGCGCCAACAGUGUCGCCAUGGCGGAGAAAUUGCUGGGCAUCAAGAGUGGGGAGCUGGAGAAAGCUCUGUGCAACCAGACGCGCGUGACCCGUUCCGAGAGGAUUCGCAGCCCAGUGAAUGUGCGGCAGGCCGCUGACAAUCGGGAUGCCUUGGCUAAAGCUUUGUAUGGAAUUGUCUUCAACUUCAUAGUGUACAGUACCAACCUCUCCAUCGGUUACAUCGAUGACGUGAAAUUGUUUGUAGGAGUGCUGGACAUUUUUGGCUUCGAGUGCUUCAAGAUGAACUCAUUUGAACAGUUGUGCAUCAACUUCACCAAUGAAAGGCUGCAGCAGUUCUUCAACUCCUUUGUCUUCAAAUUGGAAGAACAGCUUUAUGAGCGUGAAGGAAUUCCGUGGGAUGCCCUGGACUUCCCAGACAACCAGGACUCUGUGGAUUUGCUCGCCGGCAAGGGCACGGGCGUGUUCGCGAUGCUGGAUGAGGAAUGCCUCGUGCCGAACGGCUCUGACCAAGGCUACUGCAACAAGCUGAUCAAGCAACACAAAGGCCAUCGUAGAUUCGAUGAGAUCAAGACCAAGCCGACAUGGUUCGUGAUCAAGCACUUUGCAGGUCCCGUCAGCUACUGCACCGAUUCCUUCCUGGACAAGAACCGCGACCAGCUCAGCACGGAUUUGAUAGAGUGUGUGGGCAACAGCUCCAACCAGUUUGUAGCCAACCUUUUCAGACGUGACCCCAAGUUUGCAGAUGCGUUUGUCAAGGAGGAGGACAAGGCCAAAACCAAAAAAAAGAAGUACACAGUCUCAUCGGAGUUCAAAGAUCAGCUCUCCAGCCUUAUGGACGUGGUUGAUUUGACUGAGCCUCACUUCAUCCGAUGCAUCAAGCCGAACCCACAGAACGUUCCUGACCUUUUCGAUCGCAAGGGGGUGACGGAGCAGCUUCGCUACGGUGGUGUUUUGCAAGUGGUGCAAGUGAGUCGUGCUGGCUAUCCAGUACGCAUCAAUCAUCAGGAAUGUUGGGAUGACUACAAAGUCAUUGGUGCCAGCAAGGUGGUGAACGAACUCAGGCACAUUCAGGAUCCAAAGAUUCGUGCUCAGAAGCUGCUGGAUCAUUUGGAUACCGAAUUGAACAUCCCCAAACCAAAGCAUGGGCAAUCCUGGGCAGUCGGCAAAACUUUGGUUUUCUUCAAGCUUCCAGCAUACGAGCGCAUCAAGUUUGCUCGCCUUGAACUGGUCAUCAAGAGCACCACCAUGAUCCAGGCCAAUUGGCGUGGCAAGGUUCGCAGGCGUAUGUACAUUGCCAUCCGCUUGUUCACACGCCAUGUCCAAGCGUUGCUUCGAUCCAAACAAGCACGGGCAGAUCUGUUUCAGAGAAGGAGUGAGGACAGCGCCAGGAAGAUCCAAGCCCAUGCCAGAUCGAAGAUUGCGAAGACGAAGUACCAGAGCAUCCGCCAAAAGGUCAUCAAGAUCCAGGCGGUGUGGCAUGGUGUCCUUGGUCGACGCUAUGCCAAGGAUUACAAGACACAUGUGAGUGCCACCAAGUUGCAAAGCUUGGUCCGGAAGCAAAGGGAACAGAAGAUCUACGAUGCUUUGAAGCAUUCCAUCAUUUUUGCUCAGCAGCGUUUGCGCAUGCGGAAUGCCAAGAACCAACUGAAAAAGCUCAAGCAGGAAGCCAAAGAGGUUGGUGCAAUGAUGGCAAAGGCUCAAAAGGCAGCGGAGCAGGCAUCUGAACUCCGGAAGCACAAUGAAGAGUUGGAGGCCCACCAGCUUCAGCUGCAAUCAGAGAACAAGACCCUGUCACACAAGGUGAAGCAGCUUGAGGAGGCGCUUCACCAGAUGCAACAACAGUUCGAGGAAAUGAAGGCCCAAGCAGCAGAAGCGGCCAAAUUUGCGGCCGAUGAGACCAAGACUGUGAUCGAAACAGAAAAGAUGGAGGCCAUGAACAAGCAGAUGAGCGAGCGCGAUGAAGAGCUCGCCGGCCUCCGAAAAGAGUUGCAAGAAAUGAAGGAGUCGCAUGCGAAGCAGCAAGAGGCUCUGAAGAGUGCAGAGGCCAACUAUCAGCAGCUCUUGAAGAGCACCACGCUGCAGUCUGUGGGUGCAGGUGCCGCUGGUACCGUGGCACCUGUCCGCAGUGGCGGCAGCCGUGGGCAUCGCAAUGUGUUCAUUCAGCUGGUUGGCGCAACUGGAACAGGCAAAACGACCAUGCUGGGUGAAUUGAUCAAGGAACAUGACCCACCAGCAAUGCAAAACUUCGAGGAUCAAAGGAGCAACUUGAUGAUGCAUCAUCAGAUCCAGAUCGGCUCGCGAGCGCUGAAGUUCCUGGACUGUUCGGGCAAUGACCGUGCAGGGCAUUUGGUGAAGGAGUGGUUUGCUCGAACACAAUGGGUCUUCGUUAUUUACAGCCUUGCUGACCUCAGGUCCUAUGAGAAGGCCUUGACGCUGAUGGCGGAAGCACGGCAGGCUGGAGCGAAUGUGGUGCUUUUUGCCAACAAGUAUGAUGUCAGCCGCGGUAAGGAGGGGCUGGUCAAUUUGCGAGAGGCCCAUGACAAAGCUACACAACUCCAGGCAUACUCGGUGGAGGGCACAUCGCUGUCUGAAGCUGUGAGGUUUGCGGCAAGCCAGGAGGAGCAAGAACCUGCCGAAGGUGGAGCAGGAACUCCUGCUGAUGUGGGUGAUGAUGGGCAACGCCGAAGCUCUAUUGCAACUGCGUUUGACUCUGUGAAGUCUUGGUUUGGUGGCCCACCAGAACGAGGUGGAAAGGUCGGUGGCGUGUUGCGUCCAUCACUGAAGGGCACGAAAGCCAUGAAACAGGCCAGACGUGAAGCGGACCCCAACGCGGACUUGCGUCCAGUUCAGGAAUUGCAGGACUCAGAGUCUGCUGUGACGUGUGUUUGCUUCGGCCAAGAGAGGUUGCACCGGUCGUACAUCCUCUUUGUCACUGCUUCCAAAGAUGGCACUGUGGUGGUGUACCGAUGCUACAGGACGGAGAUGGAGAUUGCCUUGCUUUCGAACGAAGACUUCCGGGGCGAUACAUCCGCGCCUCCGCCUGAUCACUCCAACAUUGCGGUGCAUUCCCGUUUGGUGGGGCAUUCUCGCGCCAUUACCUCGGUGUUCUUCAACCUGCUCGAGGAUCAGCUGGUCUCGACCUCCAUCGACAAGUCUGUCCGUUUCUGGAAUGUGGACACUGGUGAGAUGCUGAAGGUCUUUACCGACUCCUCGCCGGUGCCAGUCGCUGCCUUCCUGCCCUUCAACCCGCAGAUCUUUGUGGCCGCCAAUUCCAAUGCUGUUCUUCGGCUGGUGAAUGUGCAGAACGGCAUGGUGAUACAGAAGCUGAAGGUGGAGACAGAGGUGAGGACCCUGAAGUUCGAUGACACGGGCAUGUUCCUUUUGGCUGGUACGAAGAGUGGCAGCAUUCACGUGCUGGAGGCUUGUGACAACAACACCCUGAAGUUCAAGUUCAAGGUGCAGUUGGCCAGGGGAGGUGUGACCUGUCUGGUAUUUGUUCCUGCAGCUCAUGGCCAGCCUCCUUGCCUCCUCGUGAACACCUCUGACUCCUCUGCUUCGAUUAUCGAUUGCACUUAUGGACCUCCAGCCGGUGUCCUGACGAAUCUAGCCGUCAGGCAUCGUGUGCGGGUGGCACAUGCGCUUUUGCCUCUGAAGUGCUGCUACUCACCGUCCAGCCAGGGAUUCCUGAUUUCGGCUUCAGAAGAUAAGGAGGUUUAUAUCUAUUCACUUGCGAAGGGUGCCAAUUACAAGAUGAGCUACCUCAAGCACCACCAGGUGCCGGUGGUUGCUGUGGCAACUAACCACCAGGACACCCUUCUUGCGAGCGCUGACUCUUUGGGGCGAGUGGUCCUGUGGAGAAGGAUGGACUUCUCCCACAUACCGGACUAG